AUGCGAAAGUCAUAUCCCCAGUCACGGGGGAAGGGGAAAGCUCCUGUGCGGAGAACAGUUUCGGAAUCCGUUUCGGCACAUGGACGAGCACGAGGACUAGGCGUGGAACAGAGAGUGAGAUCGACACGUCUGGCUUCUGAGGCGUCUAAUGGAGUUACUCAAGUUUACCGCGAUAUGCUGGCUGAGAUUGCUGGAGGGGCAGGUUCACCACGAUCUGGAUCUGCGAGUAAUGCAGGUGAUGAGAGGCCUCUGAAAAGGAGGAGGGUGGGGGAGACAAGAAGUGGUACUGAAGUUGACGUGGGGAGGGAGAGAAGUGGGGUGGGAGUCGAUGUUCAAAGAGGGGAGGGAGGCGUGGAGGGACAUCAUGGUAGUCGACCUGUCCAGACUGUAUUUGACGCUGACGCGUCGGACGAUGAGUCCGAGAUGGAAUGGGAGGAUGUUGAGGUCUCUGCUGCUGAGCUCUCUUUUGCGCCUGGUUAUGAUGGGGCCGCAGUAGGGCAGGAAUCUAAUCACCACCAGGGAGUUGAGACCGUGGAGUCUGAAGGGUCGUUGCAAAUUACGCUAGAAAAACCAACGGAGAAAGGGAAGCAGCGUGCUGUUGGUAUGAGACGAAAACCUGUCACGGCGCAGGAGAGAAGGUGGCGGCUCGAUAUCCAUAAGAUGCACGUUUUGUGUCUGCUGGGCCAUGUGCAGCGGAGGAAUUUGUGGUGUAAUGACGAUGGAGUUCAAAACGCAUUGAAACGGAUCCUCUCUAAGCAUACGAUUAUGUGUCUGAAUCCAAAGGCGAACCUACCGCAGUUUACGCGCUCGACUACAUUUGCAGAUGGUCUCAAGCAGGCUAGUGAUGCAUUCAAGCAGCGGUUCAAAGUCACUGCACCAGGCAUGAAGAGGCCCUAUUGGCUUGAGCACCCCAAUGACAUUAAAGAUCCAACUGUCCUACUAGAUACUGCUGAAAUUCUAUUGUGCAAACAAGACUUCCUAAAACAAGCCGUCGCGUUACAGGGAUCCAGAGAUCUAGGUGCGCAGCUCUUUUGUGCACUUUUACGUGCAGUAGGCACGGACGCGCGAUUGGUUUGCUCUUUACAGGUCCUGCCGUUCACUGGAGUUGCGAAAAGGACGAUGCCCCGGAAACCGGAUCGGGAAUACAUUGUGCUCUCCGAAGAUGACGACGUGCGGUCUAGCAGUGAUGCUGGGAAAGGUUCCCCGAUGCAGGCAAAGCCCAGGAACUCCCAGCCCCAAUCAAGAAUGCGGCGCAUUGGACAACCCCGGUUUUCACCAAGCCCUGUGGCAGCGAGUCCCAAGCCGAAACGAGCAAUCGGUUUGCCACGGGGUUUUGCUGAAUCUCCAUUUCCCGUCUUUUGGGUAGAAGUAUUCAACGAAGCCAUGCAAAAAUGGGUAUCCGUCGACCCCCUCGUGACAAACAGCGUGGGCAAAACGUCCAAAUUCGAACCCCCCGCCAGCGACCGUUACAACAACAUGAGUUACGUCAUCGCCUUCGAGGACGAUGCCUCCGCCCGUGACGUUACGAAACGAUACACGAAAUCAUUUAAUUCCAAGACGAGAAAACAGCGUGUUGAAUCCACCAAGAACGGCGAGGAGUGGUGGGCGCGUACGAUGGGGUUCUUCGAGAAGCCGUUUCUGGAUGAUAGGGAUCAGGUGGAAAUCGGGGAAUUGACUGCGAAAUUGGUGGCGGAGGUGAUGCCGAGGAAUGUGCAAGAUUUUAAAGACCAUCCUGUCUAUGCGUUGGAGCGGCAUUUGCGGAGAAAUGAGGUGAUAUUUCCUAAAAGGGAGGUUGGGAAGGUUGGUCUGAGUAAGGUAUCUAUUAACAAAAAGAAUCCGCCGCUGGAAUCUGUGUAUCGCCGUGGUGAUGUGCACGUCGUGAAAAGUGCCGAUGGGUGGUAUCGUCUUGGAAGGGAGGUAAAGAUGGGUGAGCAGCCCCUGAAAAGGUUCCCAAUUUCUCGACCGAAAUGGUCUUUCGAACGCCGCGAGGAGACAUCAGAUUACGAAGAGGAACUUCAGGAAACACCAAUGUAUGCCAUCCACCAAACGGAGCUAUACAAGCCACCCCCCGUCGUCGACAACCGCGUAGUGAAAAAUGCCUACGGGAAUAUUGACGUAUAUACUCCAACUAUGGUCCCGGAAGGUGGCUUUCAUCUUAGUCACGCAGAAGCCGCACGCGCAGCUAGGAUUCUUGGUAUUGACUACGCAGACGCGGUGACCGGGUUCCAUUUCAAGGGCAGACAUGGCACGGCCGUUGUGCAAGGGAUCGUGGCCUCUGUUGAAUAUCGUGAGGCUCUUUAUGCUGUUAUAGAUGCGUUGGAGGAUGAGCGGGUACUGGCUGAGCAGGGGCGGAAGGCGGCGGAGGCGUUGCGGAUGUGGAAGCUGUUGUUGCUGAAGUUGAGAGUUGCGGAACGUGUGAGGAGAUAUGCUUUUGAGGGGGAAGAAGAUCCGGAUGAUGUUUCGAGUGAUGGUGACAAUGAGGGUGGUGGCGGCGAUGAGGACGGGGACGAAGAUGUUGAAGCAGCCGGAGGGUUUAUACGUGAAAGUGGACGGGGUGGUAUCACCUCUCCCAACGGAGGCUUUGCAGGAUUUGACGACCUGUCUGGAGCUGGUGGCUUCAUUCCCGAAACAACAGGGGAAGAGGCAAGCUCAGGUGGAGGGUUUAUGCCUCCGACUACAAUACUACAUGAAGCAGGACCUUCCACUUCCAUUUCAACCGUCGGAAAUGCCCGCGUUCGACCAAGAAACAAGCCUUUAUACACAUUGUUAGUGACUCCUGCUGGGACAAGCUCACAACAGCAGCCUGCACCUACUCGACCCACCAUCGAAAUGAACGACCCCGAGCCUCAUACUUCUUCUCCCAUGACGUCAACACAGACGUGUGCGCUUCAACAUCAGCAUCAGCAACUACAAACACAACAACCACAACCGCAAUCAAUCUCAACACCUCAACUCCCUCAACCCUCCACAACCACAGUUGAAGGAUCCCCGACCGCACCCAUCACAGUCCCUUCCUCGAGUGGCAACGAGCUGUCCACGAGUGUCGAGGAGAAAAGCGAACUACCAGACCUUGUGCAUGAAACUGACACUGACAGCGAGAUUGAUCAGAGUUCGAUGCUUUCGCGUGACCCCGAAGACGACGAUGCGGAACCGGACUGGUUGCUCUCUGAUAAUUGA